AUGUCUAAAAUAUUUGAUAAUAUAACAACUGCGUCAAAACAUGAAGAAACUCAUACGCUAAGCUACGAGUGGAAUUUCUGGCAUCACCUUCGAAAACCCAAAACAUCAUCGGCAAACCCCGAUUCUGGGAAUAUCAACACAAAUUCAGGAACAAACUCAAUUCCAAAACUGGAUGAUGAAAAUUGUCAUAGACCGCUUGAAAGGUAUUUACAAGGCAUGAGUCUAAUGGAAUUCCCCCAAAUAUAUGGUCAAGGUGCUGAGAAAACUAGUAAAAUCGAUACUAUUGAACAAUACUGGGAAGCUCUUGUGAACUUGAAGGAUAUCAGUAAACUUGAAAUUGACACUGAAUUGUACCUCUUCAAAAAGGAUAUCAAACCAUUGUGGGAGGACGAGAAAAAUCUGAACGGUGGUAGAUGGGUUGCUUGUUUUGGGCUCAAGAAUUUUGCCGAUAAUUCUGCAUGGCUUUCAUCUUUAUGGGAAUUGCUUUCAUUAAAAUUAAUCAGCGGUCAGUUUAUCAGUACUGAAAUAAGUCUACCUUUAAGUGAAAAACUCAUUGAUAACCCUGCAUUUGAUAACUGCAAGUCAUCCAAGGUAAUGAGCAAUGAAGAGUUGAAUAAGAUGGUGAUAGAGGAUAUUGCGGGUUUAGCCGUCAGUGUUAGGAACAAGAAGAUACUAAUAAGUAUAUGGAAUACCAAUUUGGCCUACGAAGAAUAUAAAAAAUUGAAUGGUAUAAUCGAAACAGUCAAAAGUGAAGAGUAUAUGUCGUAUUUCAAAGAGCCUGUGUACACAGGCAACAGAAGCAACUAUGAAAAAUGUGGUCUUACUCGGAUUCUUUUCAGGAAGUUGAUCUAUCAAACCAUAGUAGAUACAAUGGAUGAAGUGACUAAGCGUCUGGCUGCCAAAGAAGGUAAGAAUAAAGUCAAACCUUUGGCUCCAAUGCUUUUCAAAUAUUGUACACACCAACAAGAUUUGUUCAAUGAAAACUACAGAAAGCCAACAAAUCGUACCGGGAAAAAUAAAAGUCUUGGAGAUGAUAAACAACCUAAAAAAACGUGCAAAACGGUGGAAUAUGGUGAAUAUGAUCUCGUCAUUGAAGAAAUAACGUGCAAUGCACAGAAAUCAAGAAGAAACAGAAGACGUCAAGCAUCUAACAAGGCCUUCGAAGGCGCCGAAAGUGAAGAUGUCAAUAUAAUAGACCGUGAUGCUAAAGUGUAG